AUGGUUGAUAAUGUCGUUCUGCUGGGUGGUGGAGGAUGUUGCUGUUGCCUGUUUGUGAUCUUCGUGGCGAUCAUGCUUGCCUUGGGGUUCAAGAAGGUCGAAAGCAGUCAGUGGGCACUCCAGUACGACUGGUGGUCCGAGUCGGUGAAGGAGGAUCCACUCACGCAGGCCGGGCUGCACUUUGUUGGGAUUGGAAACUACUUGCUGACCUUCCCUGCCACCAGCAAAUACUGCUACUUUCGCAACUUUGACAACUCCUUCCAACCUGAUGAUGACGAUGUUUUUAUGCCUCCGCUCAAUGUGCGAACCAGCGAUGGUUUGAAGGUGACUUUGGAAUUGGAGUUUGUCUACAGACUACAGAUGGCCAAGCUGCGCGACCUGUACAUGCUUGUGGGUGACAGUGGCUAUAGGAACACCCUGGUGCAUGUGGCCUCAGCUGCGAUCUCCGCCCAUGCCACCAACUUUUCAGCACAGGCAUUCUAUGGCGACCGUGGAGAUGUGCAAGGAGCCUUUCAGGCGGCACUGGCGAAGGAGUUGGAUAGAGUCUUGUACAUCACUGUGGUGAGCUUCCAGCUGCAGCCCGCGCACUUCCCGAAGCUCUACGCGGCCGCCAUUGUGGAGACGCAGGAGAUGAAGCAGGACAUCCAAGUGGCCGAGCAGGAGAACAAGACCAAGGUGAUUCAAAAGCAGACACAGCUCUAUAGUGCCAGGCAGCUGGCGCACCAAAUUAUCAUCAAAGCCGAGGGUGAAGCGCAGCAGACUUUGGUCCAGAACCAGGCAGACGUUGCGCAAUUCAAAUACCGGCAGCAGGUCCUAGCUGAAGGCUAUUCCAAAGCUUUGAAUUUCUUCAGCAGCCAGGGCCAGGAUGCCGUUCCCAACUUCUUGAGCUACUUGAAAGUGGAGGCUUUGAAAGCCCAUGGUGGUAGCCAGAAGACCGUGAAACUGACACCAGUGGUGUGA